AUGUCGGCGCCGCGGCGGGCGCGGCUGAAGCCCUGGCUGGUGGCGCAGGUGAGCAGCGGCCUCUUCCCGGGGCUGCACUGGCUCGACCCCCAGCGUCGCCGCUUCGCCAUCCCCUGGCGACAUGCGACACGCCACCCGCACCCCGGCGACAGCGACCAGCACAGCAUCUUCAGGGCGUGGGCGCAGGAGACCGGCAAGUUUCGGGCAGGGGUGGACGAGCCGGACCCGGCCAAGUGGAAGGCCAACCUCCGGUGUGCCCUCAACAAGAGCCGCGAGUUCCGGCUGCUCUUCGACGGCACCAAGGCCACCCCGCUCCAGCCCUACAAGGUCUACGAGAUCUGCGAGGGGCCGCCGGAAGGGGCAGAUGAGGUGGCUGAUGAUGACUAUGACUGCGGUGAAGAGGAGGACAUGAACCAGCUCCAGAAGAUGACAUCUCUGAGCAUCAAUGACACCCAUCCUGGGGCAGACCUGCUGCCACCCUACUCUUGGCCCAAGGAGGAGACCCACCUGGGCAGUGGUUGUCCCUUGGGACCCUUCAUGCCACCACCCCCAGUGCUGGGGGGUACCCAUGGGACCCCUGAGAUGUCCUCAGCCACCCUCACUGAGGUGGGACCUCCUCUGGGCACCUUGGGACCACCAGCUGCUUGUCCCAUGGCACCCAUGGGGAACAUCAUCCCCAACCUGCUCAUCAGCCCCCACAUGCUGCCCUUGACUGACCUGGAGCUGAAGUUCCAGUACCGUGGUCGCCAGGUCUCAGUCCUCACCAUCAGCAACCCCCACGGCUGCCGCCUCUUCCACAGCAGCUUGGAGCCCACCCAAGAGCAGGUGGAGCUCUUUGGGCCACUGACCCUGGAGCAGGUCCACUUCCCUUCCACCGACACCAUCCCCAACGAGAAGCAGCGUUUCUACACCCACCAGCUGCUGGACGUGCUGGACCGGGGCCUCAUCCUGGAGCUCCAAGGUCAGGACAUCUACGCCAUCCGCCUCUGCCAGUGCAAGGUCUUCUGGACAGGACCUUGUGCCACCCAGGGUAAUGGUCCCAACCCCAUCGAGAGGGAGAAGAAGACCAAGCUCUUCAGCCUUGAGGGCUUCCUCAACGGCCUCAUCCUCUUCCAGAAGGGCCAGACCACCACCCCACCACCCUUUGAGAUCUUCUUCUGCUUUGGUGAGGAGUGGCCUGACCAGAAGCCCAAGGAGAAGAAGCUCAUCACAGUGCAGGUGGUACCGGUGGUGGCACGGCUGCUCCUGGAGAUGUUCUCGGGUGAGUUGUCCUGGUCUGCCGACAGCAUCCCCCUCCAGAUCUCCCACCCUGACCUCAAGGACAAGAUGGUGGAACAAUUCAAGGAGCUCCACCAGCUUUGGCAGAACCAGCAGCAACUCCCACCUGGGCAACCGGGACCUGGCCCCACCACCAUGGGACACUGGGUGUUGCCCCAAUGA